AUGGCGUCACUGAUGAAAGAGAACUCUGGGGGAGGUCCGACCGGCGAGAUGGCAGAGGUCCGACCGGCGACCUCUGUUUGGCGUUCGAUGUGGAGUUGUACCUGUAUAGCGACUGUGCUUUUAGAGCAGCCAUUUCUUCCCAAGUUUAAACUAGGGUUUCAAAACCUCGUGAUCUGCUGUCGAGACAUCCUGCUGUCAUUCUCGUCAUCAUCUUCCAAUUCCGAUGAUAAGCAUCAACAUGAAACGCCACCCUCACAGUCACAAUCUUCUUCGUCCAUGUCAUUUUAUAUCGAUGACGUGUUAGCCAGUCUCAAAGGAACAACACCCUUUCGUAAGCCGUCGUUAUUCGAUUCCAACACUUGUGCCGCUGAUUCUCCGACUCGAAAGGUCGAUUUUCUCGAAGAAAUCGACAAAAAUCUUUCAGCAUACCGUCGCUCCUCUGCUCAACCACUGCCGUCCUCCUUGCUCGCCAUAUCGUUUCAGCAGCUUUACAAGCGUAAUGUGUUGCCGCAAGCUGAUCCAUGGUCGUCUAGCACCGAAGAUGCUUCCAAAACGUAA